AUGAGUACUAAUAACAAAAGGAAAUGGAUAUACAAGCAAGCUCACCUGAAAAAGGAUCUAAAUCUCCUCUGGAAGUGGAAUGCAGCACAAAAGAAGGGUGGUUUUUUUGUGAACUUAGAUGGUGAACUGGAAUCUGUUGAAUUUCCUUUUGGCUCUUUGCAAGUAUACAACCUGACUCUUUAUCUCUUUAUCGGGGUACCAGAUUUUGCAUUCUCACUAUCUUCCUCUUCUAUCUUCUCAACUUCUUCAUCAUCAAUUUCAUCUUUUAAAGUGUUUUUUAGCCCGUGUCGUAAAUCUCAUGUCGAUUCUUCUCUACGAGUCCAUGGCCGCUGCAGCUAUCCUUGUCUCUCCCAGUGUUCUGAUGUUGCAAAAAAGGCUGAUCCAAAGGCUCAAGCCUUUAAGGCUGCCAAGGCUGUGAAAUCAGGCCCUGUUUCUAAGAAGAAAGCUAAGAAGAUCAGGACAACUGUCAUAAUUCAUCGACCAAAGACAUUGAAGAAGGAGAGGAACCCCAAAUAUCGCAUUAGUGCUCCACUGAGAAAUAAGUUGGACCAUUAUCAGAUUCUCAAGUAUCCAUUGACUACAAAGUCUGCAAUGAAGAAGAUUGAGGACAAUAAUACCCUGGUUUUCAUUGUUGACAUUCGUGCCAACAAGAAGAAGAUAAAAAAUGCCGUGAAGAAGAUGUAUGACAUUAAGGCCAAGAAAGUUAACACUUUGAUCAGGCCCGAUGGAACCAAGAAGGCUUAUGUAGUUGACCCAGACUAUAAUGCCUUGGAUCUGGACUCAAUAUCAGUUUGUUAUUUAAAUUUGUAUCUGGACCAAUGUUUUCUAUACAUGCAGCUUGUGUUUGGAUGCCCAAAAAAAAAAAAAAAUGGCAUAUUUUUUUUUUAAUAAAUAAAGACGGUUUGACCUGACCUGA